AUGUAGAAAUAUGCAACUGAUGUAACAUUUAGGUAAGUGAUCUAAGUGAGCAUUAAAUUUUGAUUUUGAAAUUGUCUUGUACAGAGAGAGAGAGAGAUAGAGAUAGAGAUGAGCGAGAUAAUACGGGUUUGGUUCGCGAAACAGCUGGGCGUGAUCUUCGGUCCGGACAGUUGGGAUGGGCUCAACGCGAGCUCCCUAUUGGCGCGACUCCUGCGUAGCUACGAUUUGGUUGGUGAAUUCGAGGUGGAGGUCGUGGAAACUGGUAAUCCGGAGGCGCUCGAGAGCACGCUGCAACUGUUCCUCGAGACGAUCAAUAAUCUGGGAAUCGAGUUCACCAAAGAGGAGUACAGACAGGUGAUUCAGGGCAAAGGAAGCGCCGCCACCAAACUGUUCUUCGAAUUGUACUUGGCCCUGUACGAUAAAGAGAAGUUGCACGUGAUCACAUCGAGGAAGAUCAAUCAGUACAUAGACACGAGCGGAACGAGGUUCAGCAUUGAGAGCGUCAAGGAUGAGAAGGAGGAACAGGAUGCGGCGAAAUUCGAUAAUCCGUUGGCGGAACCGAUCCUGAGGAGCGUCGAUAUCAUUGAUUGGUGCAAAUUGAAGAUGGACGCGUUCAUGGAGAGGAGCGCGCUCGCACGCAAAGCGUACCUGGAGCACGUGGCCAAAUACAGAUUGGAACAUUCCGAGAAUCUGGUGAAGAACAUUUCGAGCGCGUUACCCGAACCGCCUGAACCGAAAUUGCCGACGAUCGCGCCGAGUUUGAAUCAAACGAUAGACGAGUUGUUGCUGGAAGAGGAAGAGGCUAAAAACAAGGGUUGCUUGCAGAACGAUCCGAAGGUCGCGAAAAAGAUAAUGAACACGAUCAGGAAGCGGAGGAGGAAGGAGGAGGCGCGCAAAGAGCUUAAAGUCCGCUUCCAGAAGUUCCUGCUGAAAGAGCUCUGGGAUCGCAUUCUGAACGAGCAGGACGAGUAUUUCAAGGACGACUUCACGAAGAAAAUGCUGAAGCAGUCCAUGUACGAACAGCAGAUGACCACGAAGAUGCUGGAGGUGCGCCAGCAGAAGGAUCUGAUAGCGGAGAACAAAUUUAAGAUGAUGGAGUUCAUAAGGUCAGAGGAGCAGAGUCAGUUUCACGCGCAGGAGGAACUGGAGAAUCAGCACGUGGAUGCAGCACGCAUGAACUACUACGAAGAGAAGCAGAGAAAUUUGGAGCUGCAUCGGCGAUUGUACGCGGAGAAGAUCGCGAGGAAAGCGAAAAAGCAUUACGAGAUCUGCAAACAAGCGAUGGACGAUCUAAUCGACAUCUCUCUGUACCAAUCCACGUACAAGGAGUACUGCGGGGAAGAGUUGAGCCGUCGCAGGAUGAACGAUCUCGCGAAUCUGUUCAUCAAGCAACAACCGAUCUUCAACAUACUCCCGAACGUUUCCGACAUCAUCAGCCACAAUCCGUUCGAGCACGAAGACGCCGAGCUGAUUCUGAAGUACUCGUUGGAGAUUGAAAGGCAGAAUGCGCUCGACGACAUGAGCUUCGAGGAGUACUGCAAUAACUAUUGGCCCUGGGAGCUGUGCAACAUAGAAGACGUGGAUAUGCAACCGAUCGACUUGGGGAUGAGCAUAUUGGGGUACAUAGUGCACAGGAUGCUGCUAGCCAAAUACCCGAAGAAACCGCCGCAGCCGCCUCCGCAGAUCGUCAAGGGAUCGGUGGCCGCUUGCGUCAACGGUAUACAGAAUGUCACGUACUUACCUGCUCUGGAGCAGCUGCUGAGCGCGCGCAGAAUCAAGGUAAUCCAGAUGGAGGAUGCGAUGAACUUUUGCUUGGAGCAGUUCAAGACCGAAGCCACCGAAGAGUACUUCGAUGCGGUCUUCGUCAAAGAUACGAAGAAGGCGGUGCAGACGUCCGCGCGCACCUCCAAGUCCUCGGACACAGGCACGUUGAAAGGUGGGAAGCGUAAAUCCAGUAACCAGAAGAAGCCGGAGACGAGGAACUUUGACGAGAAGGAAUCGCAGACUCCGGUGAGAUUCCCGUGCGAAGAGCUCGUCCUAUCCGCAAGCGGAGAACUGGGUCGCAUCGCCUUCGAAAUGCUCAACUUGGGAAACUCGCCCAACGAUCAUCUUCUCUGCACGAUGUUCCUCGAAUACCUGAAAACGUUGACAGGUAUAGACGGAUGGGUGCUAGUGAAUUAUCCGCAGACCAUCGAGCAGGCCGCUAUUCUCGAAGAGAUCCUUACCUCGUUGCCGGUGCCGCCGAUCACGGAAAAGAUGCGCGACAGUAUCGUGGAUAUCGUGGACUUUGAGGAUCGCGAAAUGGAGGGCGACGUGGACAAGUUCGAGGCGAAGAGACAUUCGAAACUCGUCGGCAAUCCGAAACCCAUCGAGAUUCCCUUCUACGAGACUUACCUGACCGCCUACAUCGAGAUGAAGAGCAAGGACGGAAGCGAUUUGGACGAGGCUUACUUCGAAUGCUUCAAAGAACCGCAACAUGUUGAUAUCCUGAACAAGUUCUACGAGGAUCAAGGCUGCAAAUACACUUUGUACUAUCAGCACAUCGAUUUCGAUACGGUCAACUACGUCGAAGCCCAUUGGAACGAACUGACGACCGUCACUUCGCAAGCGGUCAAAGUGGGAAAUAAGAAGGAGAAUCCGAACAAGAAGAAGAAGUCGAAGAAAUCGUCGCCGAAGAGCGAAAAAUCCAAGAGUAAGAAGGAUAAGAAGGAAAAGAAAGAGAAGAAGGAGAAGAAGAGUAAGGGUAGCAGUAAGAGCAGCAAGAAGAGUGGAAAGGGAAAGAAAGACGGAAAAGGGAAAGGAGGGCAAGUGGGACCGAUAGAAACGGAUGAGAAGGAGACGCAGAUACCUGAACCGCCCGAAGUGGUGGAAGAACCUGAGGAGGAGCCGGAACCUGAACCGAAGCCGGGUGAAUCCAAUUGGAUAUACGUGAAUCUCGAUAUACCCGAGCAGUUCGAGGUGGCUUUGGCAACCCUCUGGGAGAACAUGGAGAGCACUUACAUGACCGACUUCAAGCUGCUCUUCUUCAGAAGGCGAAUCGUCCUGGACACGUUGAUUCCGUACAUAGCGUUCGUCUACAACAACAUGCAAGAUUUCAUAAAGAGGCCGGACGAUAAGCAGUGCUACUUACGCGAUUUCCAAGUGAUGUACAACAAUUUGGAUGACGAUAUGCGCGACGACGACGAGGUCAAGGCCGAACUGCACGUCCGCAUCGAGGAGUUCCGGGAGAAGUUGAGCCAGCUCUGCGAUAAACGGAUGAGCGAGAGCGAGGCAGAGCGCCAGAGGAUAAUCGCCGGCAACUUCUUCACCACAAUCCUCUUCGAACUGGUCAACAUCUUCGUGACGUUCAUCCAAUUGGAGAUCGAUCGAUGCUCGGACACUCUCCAAUUCCUGAUCGACUAUUACACGGCGAUGGUCACCAAGAUGCCGAGCGAAGAGCGUCCUCUGGAGAAGAUCAAGCUCAAGCUUAUACCGUUGUCUGCGGAAGAGAAUUCAGCAGACCUGCAACCGUAUAGAGACUACAUCGAAUCUUUGCUGGUGAACGUUGAUGAAGAGCAGAGCGGUAAUUUACCGUUCCAGGAAGCGCUUCAAAAGAACGCGAUAUUGGCGCUCAAUCACGUCGAGACUCUGCAAACGUUGACGCAGAAAGCCCAUCAGAAAUUGCAGAACAGUUUCAAUCCAAAAUCGAAGGGAAAAGGUGGCAAGAAGGACAAUUCGACGAAAUCGACGAAAUUCGUGCAGCCCGAUCAGGAGGUGAAGGAUCGCGCCGCCGAGUUAAUAGACGAGUUUCUCUACUCGUUCAACGGUGAACUGGCGAGAACGGAUCUGCGGAUCAAGUUGAUCGUUUUCGUGUUCAACCGUGAACUGGUCGAGUACGAGAGUCGCGCGACUGGAAACUUUCAUCGGAUCUUCGAGGAAAUCAAAGAGAGAUAUUACAGAGAGAUCGAGAGCGUGGAAGCGGCGUGCGGUGUCUUCGCGAGCGCGACCGAAGCGGAGACCAAGAUCCAACCGGAGUUGGUCUUCGAUCAGGACAACUUUUUCGUCAAGAUCAACUCGUUGUAUUUCGAGAGUCCACUUCCCGAAGUGUCACCACUUGCCGACGACGAAGUCGAUCUCGAUGGAGAACACUUCACGCUGAAGCAGCUGUCCCGGAUUACGAACAUCCUGUUCGAUUUGGCGCCGGACGGGCAGAUUGCCGAACGCAGUUUCGUCUUUUUGCUUCAGGAUCUUCUGACGCUGAACGCGGAGGAUGGAAAGGAACCGUUCGUGCCUGAGCUCUGGACGAAACUGCAUCCGCACAAAACGCACGCCUUCUCCAAUCAGAUGUUCUUGGAUUCGGAGUACAUCGAUUGGAAGGAUUUCAUUUUGUAUAAUUUGAAUGUUGGUUUUCCCGACGGCGGCGAGUUGCAGAGGUUGCGCUCGGAUUUCUGCGAUUUGGAUCCGGAUCGGACGGAAUUGGUGUACGAUUACCAGUUUUGGACAAUGCUCUUUUGGUUCGACGGGAUUCUCGAGGAGGACAACGCGAGGUGCGUCAAGGAUCUGCUGAUACGAUUGUACAAGGUUGACGAGAAUCGCGUCAACUACACGGCGAUGCUGCUGGCGUUCUGCAAGGAUGAGGAACCGAUGAACGGGCUCGUUCGUGCCAUCGAAUUGUCGUUGGGGAAACCAAUCUGCUGCGACUACGAAACAGGAAACAGACAUUACAUGGGUUUGGUCAAGGUGAAGCUGGACCUGGAGCUGGAGGAGAUGCGCAGGGAAGAGGAUAAGGCGGACACGGCGAGGAUGGCCGAGGAGUUCGUCGGUGUCGCCGCCGACGAGGCCGUCCACAAAUGCACUAGCACUUAUUUGGAAGAUCUGCUGGAAGAGGAGCAGACCAAAAUCGAAGAUUAUACCAUUGAGGAAAUUUCCCUCGUCGACGAAUCGUACGAAGUUAUCGAGGCUACGUCGAACAUCACCUGCAUGGAGGAGUGCUCCACGCGCGGCUCCCAAUCGAUCUUCACCAAUCUGGAGCAGGGUUUCGAGGUCAGCGAGAGGAUGCUUUACACCCUGGACUUUGAUACCUUGAUGAACGUGAUAGCAGUGGCGUUGCCUUGGUGCUCGAAGAUGCACAACGUCGAUGGGAGCAGCUUGCGCGAACGGUUGGCCCUCAUCUACGAGUGCUCGAGGGAACCGGAAUUCUUGCACAUCUAUUCGCAUCACUUCCUCGCCAAUGCCGAACUGCAGGAGCUCAUCUCGAAGAUAUACAGGUUCCGCAUCCAGCGUCCCGUCGAGGUGAUCAAGUCGCUGCUGGAAACGAAUAAUCAAACCACCCAAACAUAAUGACAUUUCAUUCUUUUACAAACAAUACGUACCUCCACGUAUAUGAAGAGAAAUUUCUUUUGCUACGUUUCACGAUUAUCAUAAAAGUGUUUCAACUGUAUUUAUCGUACUUUAUACAACAGCAUUAUUAUUUAUUUUCGUUAAUUAUUUUGC